CCAGGCAGUGCAGCCGUCGCAGCGCAGUCACGGAGGGUGCUUUUUGCCCCGCGGGCGUUGCGGAAUUGAAGGGUGCCGGACCUGAUCCUCGCUCCCUUUGGGGGCCUCCGCUCUGCCCCCCAGCACCGCUCGGAUUUGUCUCGCUCGCAGCUAAGGGGGGCGGCUCAGUCCCUCCGACGGCCAACCAAGCCCGGCUCGGACGCCUCGGCGCGCAAGCAAGCCCUGCCUCGCCCGUAUCAUGGGCAGCCACAGCUCGAAGGCGGCCAAGGGGGACGUGAUGGGCCAGCAGCAUCCCGCCGAGGCGGCCGCCGGCGCCGCCUCGCCCUCCAAAACCAACGGCCAGGAGAAUGGCCAUGUGAAAGUAAAUGGAGAUGUUUCGCCCAAAGCUGAUGGAGAAGCUGCCCCCCUCAAUGGCAAUGGGUCUGCCGAACCAGUUAAGGAGGAGCCCAAGGUGGAGUUGGGCAGUGGGGAUGCCAUUGAGCCGGCACCAGUGGCCGAAGGGGCAGAUGCCAAGCCAGAGGCAGCAGCCCCUGCCUCUGGGGCUACCAAAGAGACCCCCAAGAAGAAGAAGAAGUUCUCUUUUAAGAAGUCCUUCAAGCUGAGCAGCAUCUCUUUCCGGAAGACCAAGAAGGAGACCAGCGACGCUUCAGCCGUCUCCUCUCCCGGUGAAGAGCAAGGGAAGUCAGAGACGAAGGGGGAGGAGAACACAGCCUGUGCUGCUGAAGAGACGGAGGCAGCCGGCACAACCAAAGAAGCAGCCCCCGAGGAGAAGGCUGUGGCCCCAGUCGAAGCCGCCCCUGCUGCCGAGGCUCAACAGGAAGCAGAGGCCCCAAGGGAGGAGGGUAGUACUGGGCAAGGGCCCAAGGAAGAAAAACAGCAACCUGGGGAGGAUCAGGAGGACAGGAAGCCGGAGGAGACCUUGAAACCAGGGGAGGCCGAGUCCAGUCCUGCGCCUGGGCUUCCUGAGGCCAAGGAAGAAUAGAGCCACCUUGUUGUGCACCUAACUUAAAAACAAAAACAAACUUUUUCGUGCCAUCCUUCUCAUUCCAGUGACCCCAUGGAAUUGCUGCCUUGUUCACAAAACACCAUACACACCACACACAUCUUUCCCUACGUUCAGCAUAGAACUGACAAGCUUUUUCACCCCCACCCCCCUGGUUUUCCUUUUUUCCCCUUUUCCCCAUUCCUUGUCAGACACUGUAAAGCAAAAAAGAAAAAUGCCACUGGGAUACUUUUGGUACUCUGCACAGCCGCUGUUGCCACUCGGAGUGAGCUUCCUUAAAUCUUAAGACUGUACGGAGGAAGACUUCCUGGACGUAACUGGAACUUACUCAGUUUAAUGAGAAUCCAGAUAUUAACACCGAGUUCUGGUCUCUUGGAUCUUCUGUUUCUACUAAUCCUCAGAGCAGCUCCCCCCCCCAAAAAAGUCCAAUAAGCCAGCAACCACUGUUCUUCAAAAACAAAUGGAUAUUUCUCUUUUAAUCUUUCUCAGUUUACAUUCCUGGUUCUCAAUUCCUUUAAAAGUAUUUUGUGCUUUUUAUAGAAACCAACAGUUUAAAAGCUAAUCUGGUUAGUUUUUUAUAAUGUCUUGCUAUUGGCUUAAAACCAUAAAAACGUGUAAGUCCACUGUGUUUAAUUUCUCUUCAGAGGGAGAACUUCUUUGGGGUUUGGGAGGGGGGACUUGGAGGGGCAAUGGGAGAAGGGGUGGGGUUGGGAGAUUACCAGCUAUACGAUGUGGGAUGUUUUUUUGUUUUGUUUCCUUGUCUUUGUAAAUAAUUUUUUAAUGACCCAACUUCUGAUCUGCAUUUUUCUAACUCCUAAAUAAAAGUUGUAUGGGUCUUAUUGUAACAUUUGAAAGGAAUAAAUGGUGACUCCCCCUG